AUGGCUACGAAGGUGGACUUCAACGCGUUGAAGGCGCGGACAAUGGGGUCAGGGGCUGAUGAGGAAGCUGUGACAGUCGAUACAAGAGGAUUGAUUUCCAAAGUGCUUGCCCGAUAUUCCGGGAAGUGGACAGUACUCCGAGAAAUGAUUCAAAACGCCGCUGAUGCCUCUGCAACGAAGGUAACGAUCAAGUUUGAAACCCUUCCAUCGACCACAAUACCGGCACCUCCAUCAAAUGAUCCCACCGCACAUUUGAAACAUACCGUCACCAACCACACCCUCCAACGUGUUCUGAUCUCCAAUAACGGCGCCCCAUUCAGUGAAAAGGACUGGGCGAGAUUGAAGCGGAUCGCAGACGGCAAUCCAGAUGAAACGAAGAUCGGCGCAUUUGGGGUUGGCUUUUACAGUGUUUUCGAUGAUUGCGAGGAGCCGUUUGUGUCUUCAGGUAGCCAAGCUAUGGCCUUCUACUGGAAGGGGAAUGCGUUGUUUACCCGUCGACUGGACCUCGGCGAAGCCGCAAAUCAAGACACCACUUUUGUAUUGGACUACCGCAACGAUUCCUCCCCGGUCCCGUCGUUGCUGCAGCUCUGUCAAUUUUUGGCGAGCAGUUUGACAUUUGUCUCAUUGCAAGAGAUUGAACUUUGGCUAGAUGAUUGGAACCUUCUGCAGCUAUCGAAAAAGACGGCUCCCAGUGUCGAUGUCCCGAUUCCAAGAGACAUUGACACUAAAACUACAGAGGGUUUGAUGAAGAUUGUCAACGUUACUCGAGAAAUUGCGCAGGUCAACGCUUCGUGGAUGCGAAUUGUGGAAUGGAAUCCCAAUGCAAGCUUGUUCCGCCUUGAUAAUCUUCGAGAUACAACCAGUUCGUUAAGAAGUUUCUUCUCCAAGUUCACUCAGGCUACACCUGAGAACCAAUCCAAUGCCCAGCAUCCGGAACCUCAACACCAGGAAGACUCGAGCAACAUGAACACUAUGCUCUCAGCUUCGGUCUUUUUGCAUAUCAACACGGCAUCGCUCCAACCAUCAAUCAGUAGAGAUCUAAGCAAAGAAUUGGAACGAGCCACACGGAAGCCUCCACCUAAGAAAGCAACACUCGCAAUUCUGACUCCUUCUUACGAUGCAAACAUGGCGACUGGGGUGUCCUCGUCACAAUCAGAGAUUCUUUCAUCAAUCUUACCGUCCAAAGGUGGAAAAGUCUUUAUUGGAUUUCCAACAGCACAAACGACUGGCUUGAAUGCCCAUGUCUCUGCUCCAUCUGUCAUUCCUACUGUGGAACGAGAGAGCAUAGAUUUAAACACUCGGUACAUCAGCAAAUGGAAUCUCGAGAUGUUGCGGGCAGUUGGUAUUGUUUGUCGAAUCGCGUGGUCUGCAGAGAUGGCUACGAUAAAAUCGAAACUUGCAUCCAGAGUUGGACCAUCACGCUCAUCUAAGAUUCGAAAAGAAGACAUUGUGGAUGUCCUACCAGAGGCUAUUCACACUGCAAACCAAUUUGUGUUCCGUGAAUCUACCCCAUCUUCUGUUUUGGGGCAGACAAUUGAAGAUUCAUUCUGGAUGUGCAACAAUAAUGCCUCUAUUGAGGUCCUCUCUACUUGUGGUGUCAUCCCCAGUCAUCAAGCGCGAAUCGCACCUAAAGAUCUCAGCUUCAUGGACUCAAUUCCUGCUUUGCCUGAAGAAUUUGUGCAGGGUGCUAAAGAUUUUAUCAAAAAGCUGACAGAUUUCGGGUUAGUUACAGAAAUCACGGUAUCAGACAUCAAGCGCGAGUUAGAGUCUAGUACUUUGCGAUCUAGCCAAGUCCUCGAAUUCAUUUCAUGGCUUGGCCGUAAAACAGUUGCUGGCCAACUUGAUAGGUCUUCGGUUCAGAGUCUACUACGCGUAGCAGUGGCUAAUGACGAGGACAAAGAGGGGCUUCCAACUCGUUUGAUUAUCUUUGCAGAUAUUUCCUCUUUUUUGAACCCUCAGCGCAUUCCAGCGGAAUUACCCAUACCACCGAGUGUGAUACCUUUCAAGUUCACCAAGUCUUUGGGCAAGCAUGAACUAGAGGCACUUGGCUGGGCCGAGCUGCAAAUAGUUCCCUGGCUGCUCUGGAUCGUCAGAAAUUGCGGAGACCGCAAUAUUUUCUCGGUAGAUCAAGAUAUAACAAAGUCAGCAACCUUUUCGGGCCAGAUAUUGCCUGUUCUGUCAAAGCAGUGGGAAACUCUGAGUCAAGAUUCAAAACAAAAUGUUGUCGCAAUACUUCAACCCCAGACUGUGAUCCCCACGAAAUUUGGAAUGAAGCAGCCUGUGCAGACAUAUUUUGCUUCCGUACGCCUUUUUGACGACCUGCCUGUGGUUCAUGGCUUGAAUAGUGUCAAGGAGAAAAUGUUGAUCCAACUUGGGGUUCGCAAAACCGUGGAGCUUGGUGUGAUCUUUGAUCGUCUGAUCAAUACCCCAACCUCUGGCGAUGUGAAAGCUCCUACGUCCAGAAAAUGGAACCACGUUGAUCUCAUCCGAUACCUCGCCUCUGUACAAGAGGACAUACCCGCGAAAGAUAUCCAGAGACUCAAGGGGACGAGCAUUUGUACUGCUGAGAGCGGGAGCGGAACUGAAGGCACACGCUACAAGAUUUCCGAGCUUUAUGAGCCAAAGGAUGCACUUCGAACUCUCGGGUUACCGAUUAUCGAGUGGCCAGGCAUUUAUACCAGCAGCAGCAAGGAGGGUAAAUUUCUUACGGUGAUGGGGCUUAACAGUUACCCAUCGGCUGUUGACCUCGUAAUGCUCAUGUCAGCUAGAAGCACAGGGAAAGAUAGUCGAUCAAGCAAGGCUCUGUCAUAUUUUCUCGGCGAAUACCACACAAAUGGCUAUGUUUCGUUUGAUAUUAGUGCGGUGACAGUGCCAUUCCUUCCCAUUGAAGGAUCCGAUAGCUUAAGCGCUCCGAAAAAGUGCUUUACCGAUGAGGGUGCUGCCUUGUUUGGAUUCAAGCUUCUCAAAAAGAAUCUCCAUCCCCAUGCCUCCAGGUUGGGAGUCAAGCCUCAUCCUUCAAUGACGGACUGUCUUCAAGUUCUCGCGAAGCAGCCCCCGACUACCCAGAGGGAUGCGCAGAUUGUGUUCAAAUACCUAGCAGGCAGGAUAUCCGAUCUGAAACAGCAAGAUAUAAACCGCAUUAGCCAAAUUCCUAUCAUCCCAGUCCCCAUCCACAACCAAUCAGAAAAGGGGGUCAAACACCGGCUUGUGGCCCCUAGGUCGUGCUAUCUUGGAGAAGGAGAGGACUACAAGGAUAUAUUUGACUUUGUCAAUUUCGGACUGGAAGGGAACCUAUUUCUCAUGGCCAUCGGCUCAAAACGAGAACCAACUAAGAUUGAGGUUGCACGCAUGCUAGUCAAAGAGCCCGCUCGCAUAUCUGCUGCAUUCCAAAGUUCCGAGAAAUACCUCAUGCUUCUCAGGACACUGGCGGAGUACCUCCCGACACUGAAGAAGGAUAAGGAUCUUUUCAUUGAGAUGCGGAGUGCGAAAUUCCUUCUCGCCAGUCGAGAUAUCCCACCCGCUGCAUCAGAUCAUGGUGGCAAAGAAAAGCCAAAUUUUAACGAAUUCAAUGACGGAGAUAGCGAUAUGGACAUCAAAGAAUGGAGUCUCGCCUCUGCUAAGGACAUUGUCGUGGUAGACGAUUUCCAAAGUUUCAACCUCUUCAAGGAACACAUCUUCGCAGCCCCGCAAGAAGAGGCAUUGGAGGACUUCUACACUGCUCUUGGGGCUAUACCAUUGAGUGGCCUUGUUGAACAACAAACACGGUUUGGCAACAUCGCCUCUGAUCAAACUCGCGCACACAAGCUAGAGAAGUUGAUUCUAGAACGUGCGCGGCUUUUCUUGCAUGAUCAGCCUGCAGAUUCUGUUCUACAUGGAGCCCAAUGGUUGGAGAAGUCGUUCAACGUCCAGGUUGUGACCUCGAUCGGUCUUAGGAGAUCGCUAAAGGGACGUCGGGUGUCACACACACAGAAGCGAAAUGCGAUUGUCGCACAGCAGACCUCGGGAUUUGUCAUGUGCAUCUGUCCUGAUAGAUACGACCUGUAUGAGAUCAGUCAAUCCUUGGCGCAUUUGAUUUUAAAGCGACCGAAGCUGCACUCGAUUCUCACAUUGGAAAUGCUGUUGAAGACUGAGCUCUUGGAACUCCGGGCUCGAGGUUACAACGUGGAACGUAUUCUGAAGCAAAAGGCCCAAGAAGCUCGGAUUGCGGAAAAUGAGCGUCAAAAGCAGGUAGAGGAGGAGAGGCGCGUAUUGCAAGAGAAAGAAGCUGCCUGGGCAGCGGGUCAAGCCCGGCGUGACUCUCAACGGGCCGAGGAAGACAGGGCCGAAACACAGACGCAUAAUUCGAUGCCCGGCGUUUUCCCGGAGUCGCCGAAAAAUGACAAGAGCUUGCCAGAAGAAGCACAUGCCGUUCCUCCACAGCCAAUGCCUAUGCCUAUACGGCCCAGUCGAAGCAUGUUUGCCAAUCUGUCAAAACGACUUGGCUUAGAUGGUGGAAAGUCCGGCUCAAACUCUGGCACUGACGAACAACCUCGGUCUCCACGUCCCGAGUCUUCCACACUUCCGCCACCGCCUUACUCCCCCAACGACCCCCAGACCCAGCAAAAGCGCCCAGAACAAUCUGUAAAUGCCAAUUCGCCGCACCGAUUGAACUCCGAGCUUCUCUCCGCCGUCCAAGCAUGCCGACCUCACGGAUCCUCCGACGUGUACAGUCGCCCAGAGACAAACGAAAUCCAAGAAAGCAAGUCCUACUGUGAUGAGCGCCCAAGCCACGACCUGGAAUUCGUAGCCAUGCUCCCUAGCAGUCGUAUGAACGUCCUCUUCACGAGGACAGCUGUCACCGAUCGAUCCGCCUUCCUCGCGAAAAACCGCGUAGGGCUUAACCUCUUUGCUUCAAUUCUCCUUGACUGUGGUACAAUCUUCUCAAUGCGGGCUGACAGCCUAACCAUCUUCUAUGACCCGGGCGGCAAGACGAUCGCAUUCAACCGCGCAGGCAGUAUUUUCUGCAACUACUUUUACUUCCAGUCUUUACAGGAGCAGGAUCUUCUCCAGAGCGCGAAUCCAAAUCGCGCUGAUGCUAUUGUGUAUUGGUGGGUUAUUCUGUGCCAUGAACUGGCCCACAACUUGGUCGGGGACCACAGUUCUGCGCAUAGUUACUACACGGAGGGCUUCGUGGCGCAGUAUUUCCCUAAGGUUGCUGUCAAGCUUGCUUCUCUGCAGAUGCCAGCCCCAGCCCCAGCUCCUCCAUCUGGACAGUCUUGA